AUGCCGCUUUCGCCGCUUAUACGCCCUAUGUCCCCGCUGCAGACGCAGUGUGCCCCUUCGCUGCCGGAGCCGUACUCUCUUGCCGACAUCGUUCUCCAGCCCUUUUCCGCGGCGGCGUCGUCGACUCCCGCCGGUGCGUGGGAUGAAGACACAUCCUUCGUUGCGGUCACUGGGGCGAUUGCACCAGAGUUGCGGCGUAGUAGCCCCACCGCGCCUCUCUCUGGGGUCGAUGCUGCCAGCGUACCGCCCAUGGCCAUGUGGACGCCGGCAAUACCACCGCUGCUGCCUCACACGCUGGCGCCUACAUUUCACAGUAUGGUGGGAGAUGCACUGAGUGUCGAGAUGCUGCGAGAAAGCUACGCUGCCCAGCUUCAGAAGGGUUGCCAGUAUCGCUCGGUUGUUGAGGGCCCGCGAUGCACUUCAGAUGGAGCCGCCGCUCGCGCUCGGACGUGUAGCGGCAGCGAUGCAGGUGCUGCAGAAGUGUUUGCUGCCAAUGACGCGGUCCAUGUUGGACAUUCAAGACGCGCGCCGCUGCCAAGUCUUGCAUUGUCUUCCCCUAUCCACCCCUACGUCAGCGGUCCAACGGCGCACACCCGUGUUGCGCCUAAAACUCCAGCAGAGGAAUUAUCAUCUGCUGCAACGUCGUCAUCGCUGCUGCAUUCUGCGGCAACGACGGCGAUGGCGGCGGCACGACCGUCUUACGGCGCUGCACUCUUGCGCAAGCACCCGCCUGCCCAGCCGACAGGCCGCAGGGAAGGUUGUCGUUUGCAUCUGCCGGCGCAAAAGCAGGUGCAGCGCUCUUCAUCCCAGUCCCUCUUCGAACGACGCAUCCAUGACAGAUGGGAGGUCGUAUCCCCUACGUCGCCGCUCUCAUCCUGCGGCGGUGCCUCGACUGCAGCCGAGAGCAGCGAAACGGGCCCGAGCAAGCCUAACAUCACCGUCCCUUUUACUGCGUCGGCGACGUGCUACCACGGCACUGCCGCGAGCGACUGCACCGGUCGCUCCCACGCGAUUUCUAUCGCGGCGCCUCCUGUUGUGAAGAAAGGCGGCGGGGCAGCAGCGACCAACACGCCCGCUGGCUGCGGCGCGAGAGUCUCGAAUUCCGGAGUGGUUUCUGCACUUGGACAGGCGAAGGUGGAAGCCUUCGGGACACUGCCUUGCUACGCCCCUGACAGUGCGUGUGGUAGCGGGGAGGUCGGGGACACAUUUUUUGACCCUCCACACGGCCUUUCAAGAAAGGCACGCCAAACAAUACAGCCAGGGCCGGCCACCGAGCCGGUGCGAAAGCCAGCGGCACAGAACCAAGGGAAGGCCGCCAGAGGCACGGCACCGACCACGAGGUCCUCUGGCGGUGCUGCUAGUGGCCCUGCGACUGGAUCAGCAGCUUCGCGGGCCGCCGAGUUCCACCUGCCUCGCUACGUAUAUCCAGCUUUGGAGGAAUGUCGUCGCUUGCUGCACGAGAUCCGCAUCGCCAGCCCGUUGAUGCAUCGCUGCCUCACCCCACCGCGACCCCUGGAGGGCUCCUCUGGCGGCGGCAGCGGUGCUGCCACAGCUGCUUCGGCCCCCUCUACAUUCUCGCCAGCACGCGCGCCAUCGAGAAACAUUCCCGCACCGCCCUACAGUAGUGUCUUUCCCUCUCUUGCUGCAGCCGCCACCGCCGCCGCCCCACCAAAGCCAGCGAUUCUCGCUCCAAAGCCCGAGGCGCGCCGGCUGUACCAUUGGGAUGCGGCCACCGCCGCUGAGGAUCUCUCAUUCAUGCGUGGGCCGUUCCAGCAGUCCUCGGAGCGCUUCGCCGCCUCUGUGAACUGCCAACUGCGGCGCCUACAAGCUCUCGGGACACGCCUCUAUGGCAAAACCCAUGACAUGUCGACCUCUCAGGCCGAGGUGCACGCUGCCGCUAGGGGGAGGUGGUCGUUGCCUUCUCCAACACCUUUGACCUCGCGCUGGGACUCUGCAGUGCCCCAUUUUGAUGAUGACUAG